AUUUGAGGCAGCUUUACUCAAGGUUGAUAAGUAAAUUGUGUUUAGCGUUUGAGUGGACGGGAGAGUACUGUCAAUGUAGCUUAAAUGAUUUAAUACGCGUAUGUAAUAUGAAGAAUGCUAUAACUGCAACAUUUAAUACGGGUGAAUACCAUGGGUACAACGUCAAAUAUUCACCAUUCCGUCGAAAUUUAUUAGCCUGUGCCUCAUCACAAAAUUAUGGAAUAGCUGGUCGAGGUCAGCUAUUUGUUUUAGAUGUUGAAAGCCAAGAUGUUAGGUGUGUGGCCAUAAGAGAAUGGACAGAUGGUUUAUUUGAUGUCACUUGGAGUGAAGUAAAUCCACAACUGUUAGUGACAAGUUGUGGUGAUGGUUCCAUACAGUUAUGGGAUUAUAUUUCUUCUAUUGAACCUGUAGCAUUUUACAAAAUCCAUGAAAAAGAAGUUUAUUCAAUUGACUGGAAUCCUAAAAAUAAUUAUUCAUACAUUUUAUCAGCAUCAUGGGAUGGUACUGUUAAAGUGUGGAAUCCUUUUGCUGCUAAAGAAGUAGCAGCUUUUGUAGAGCAUACAGAUCAAGUUUAUGAAGCCACUUGGUGCCCUCAUUGUCCUGAAAUUUUUGCUUCAGUUUCAGGUGAUGGGACAAUGAGAAUGUGGGAUGUGCGAGAACCAAAAAGAUCAAAUGGUAUUUAUCCUCAUGGAACAGAAGUAUUAUGCUGUGACUGGGGAAAAUAUGAUUCUGAUGUAAUAGCUACAGGUACAAAUGAUGGCAAAAUCCAGGGAUGGGAUAUUAGGAAAAUGCAAGGUCCUCUUUUUAUGCUAGUUGGACAUGAAUAUGCAAUUCGGCAAUUAAAAUUUUCGCCUUUCCUACGAGGUUCCUUGGCAUCUGUGAGCUAUGAUUUUACGACUAGAUUUUGGAACUGGAAUAUACCUCAUGCAUUGCAAAUUCAUAAGGAACAUAAAGAAUUUGUUUAUGGAAUAGAUUUUAAUCCUUUGAAACCUGGUCAGGCUUGUGAUUGUGCGUGGGAUUCAUUACUUCACGUAUAUAGUGAUUCUGUACCAUAAAUUGAUAUUUUAUAUUUUUGUACAACCAUGUAUAUAACAAAUAUUAAAUUUUUUGUUUUGUAAGUUU